AUGAAAACGCAGCUCCUAAACGCAGACGCUGAAUCCGUUCAACUACUGCUGAAUUUAAGUGGUCAUGAAGAGAACACCGAAGUCAACGGCUCCACCGAUUCGGACAAGCCUUUGAGCGUCGAAUUUGUAGAGAGCCCCGAAGUCAACGGCUCCACCGAUAUUUCGGACAAGCCUUUGCCCUUGGGCGUCGAGUUUGUGGAGAAGGUCUUAAACUAUGAGUUCAAAGACAAGAGUUUGUUGCUGCAAGCGUUCACAGACGUUUCUUACGACGAAGAAGACUGCGAUUCUUACGAACGCCUAGAGUUCUUAGGAGAUACGGUCUUAAGCAUGGCUAUAAGCAAUGAACUAUUCAAUCGCUACCCGGAUUGUCCACCUGGUCCGUUGACGAAACUCCGAGCGGUCAACGUUGACACCGAGAAAUUGGCCCGAGCCGCCAUCAAACACAAACUAUACCUCUGCCUUCGUCAUAAGAAACCGUUGCUUGAUGACCAAAUAAUGGAAUUCGAGAAAGAAAUAGAAACAUAUCCUUUACAUUCGCGUGGUCUCUUGGGUGUCCCAAAAUCUUUAGCAGAUAUCGUAGAGUCCACCAUUGGAGCUAUCUACAAAGAUUGCGGCCCCUCCAUUGAGAAAGUCUGGGAGGUGGUGAAACCAUUGUUGGAGCCAAUAAUAACGUUAGAUAAAAUGGAGAACCAUCCGGUAUCAGAACUCCUUGAGUUGUGUCAGAAGAAGAACUUAAAAUGGAGGUUCGAAGACCGUUGGGAAGAUGAAAAACAUGUUCUUCUCUUUAUCGAAGAUCAUUUGGUUGGACGUGGACAUCAUCCUCUCAAGAAAGAUAGAGCUAAAAAUUUCGCUGCCAAAAAUGCGAUCGAGAAUUUCUCCAAUUUUUUUUCUGAAGAGCUUUAA